AUGUCAUCUUCCAAUGACCCCCCCAGGCCGCCGUUCUCAUCGCUCCCCUUGGACCCCGAUGGGCCUCCCGGGAACGCAUGGGGCCUCUAUGGCGAAGACGACCGACUCGGGGCACUGAACCUUCUCACCCCCGCUGUCGUGGCCGCGGCGGCAGCGUCGGAAAUACGCACUGGUGACCGCGUGUCACUGGACUGGUCGCUGGACAAUCCGUCUCAGCCGAGCUUCGGCCGGGCGCCGUUCGAGUCGAAGCUCGUCAACCGGUCACACCCAGCCGGCGAGCAGAGGACGGUCAACGAUGACAUUCUGCACUUCAACACACAAUGCAGCAGCCAAUGGGACGGAUUCAGACACUACGGGUACCAGAAAGCUAAGCGGUACUAUAACAACACAACGCAAGACGACCUGGAAAACCCGGACAAGAUUGGCAUCGACGCCUGGGUUGAGAAGGGCGGCAUCGUCGGGCGAGGCGUCCUCCUCGACUACGCCGGUUUCUGCGCCCGCAACUCGAUCCCCCUCGACGCCUUCACCAGCAGCGACAUCUCGCUGAGACACCUCCGGCAGACGGCGGCCGAACAGGGCGUCGUCUUCCGGCCCGGCGACAUCCUGCUCAUCCGGUCCGGCUUCACGGCGGGCUACAACGCCAAGGACGACGCCGCGCAGAGGGCCGUCGCGGCGCGGGCGAGCCCGGACUUCAUCGGCGUCGAGCCGACCAAGGACGUGCUCCGGUGGAUCUGGGAGACGGGGUUCGCGGCCGUGGCGGGCGACGCGCCGUCCUUCGAGAGGGCGCCCAUCGCGGGCCCGCACACGGCCGUCGGCGGCGCGUGGAAGGGCGAGGCGUGGGAGGACGAGAUGCAAGGCGGCGGGCUGCUGCACCAGUGGCUCCUGGGAGGCUGGGGGCUGCCCAUCGGCGAGAUGUUCGACCUCGAGGCCCUGAGUGCCAAGUGUCGGGAACUGGGCAGGUGGACGUUCUUCGUGAGCAGCGUGCCGCUCAAGGUUCCAGGCGGCGUUGCAAGCCCGCCGAAUGCGGUAGCAAUCUUCUAG